UGUGCUGUAUGUUCAGAGUGCAAUAGCACAUAGAUAUAUGAGCAUCAUGAGCAUAGUGUAGUGAACACAACAGACUGUGAUCUCUGGCAGAACAUUCAUCAUGCUGUUGUCUAGUUUAUCAUUUAGUGUUGUACAGACACAGAAAUCUGACCUACACACUGAUACUGAGAGCUAAAAAGCUGAAUGUUUUUGUUUGAAUGUGAUUUCAUAGCAAUAACUCUCUCUGAAAGUAACUGAGACUGGCUAACAUUACUGUAGUGCAGGGGUCUCCAACACGUCACUCUGAGUAACUCACCUAAAGUUUCAUAGAAUAUGUACAAAACUGAUCAAAUCAGAUUAACUCAAUAAACCUGUUUAAAUUUCAUGCCAAUCAAACUCACAGAUGCCCCGCCCCUUUCCGGUGUUCUACUGAAAUCUGACUCCUGGACAAAUCAUGCUCCUCCACACAUCACACAGUUUAAUACAGCUGUUCAUCAAUCCAUUUCACACACAGCUAGCACCAAGACCGUACAUGGAAGUGUUAUAUAAACUUAAAUCUAUAAGCACGUAGUUGAAGUAGUUUGGAUAAAGGAUAAAGAAAACACAUGACAGAUCCUUUUAACUUGGAAGCUGCUGGAGAUUCGACAGCGUUAGGAAUAAAGCUACGAUGCUGCCAGAGUAAAAGCGCUGAAUGAAUCUAUCCUGCUGCAGGAAGAUGCAGGACGAGUGAGCUGGAGACAUUUCUUAUUAGUGCAGCUGGUGUUUCAGAGUAAAGUACUCUUUAAUAUUUCUCAUUACACAUGCAUAUGAAUGUCAUAAAAAUAUUAUUAUUUAAUCACAUGAAGUCCAAAACAAUGUCAGGUCUCUGUUUACAAAAUUAAUAUCACCUUCAAUAUCAAAGGUGUUUCAUUUUUUACAAAAAGAGUGUUUUUCAGUCUUGCUGAGGCCAUCAGGGUAUGUGCCAGGAGACUUGUAAUAACAGUUUACUGAUAAAUAACAGAAUCCAUGUGAAUGAAGGAAAUCUGACAAUAAUAAGUGAUAAAUCUAGUCAGCAAACCUGUUGUGUUAAAUCAAUAAACUCGACUCAACAAUGAACAUGCUGCUUAUGUGAAUUUAAAAUGAUUUAUUGUAAAAUAUGACUGUUCAAUAUUGACAUUUUUUAAAGGUUCACACAAAAAUAGCUUAGUGUUUAUGGCAAUAAUCUAUGUAAAUAAAUGUUACUAAUAAUAUAACACGAGGAACUCUUCACCACCUUCAUUUUGUCAAAGUAACUCUCAGAGGAAAAAAGGUUGGAGACUCCUGAUCUAGAGAAAGAAAGUGAGAGAAAGCAGAACUUAAACAGGGAGACUAAUUACUAAACACAAAACAGGAGAACACACUGAACACCGGAAAUGAGACCUACAACUGAAGAAGACUUAGAUUCAGACAUGCUGGAUUGUCCUCUGGUGCUCUGUCAGGGAAGUGUCCUAAAUAUCCGUGACACAGACAGAUGAGACAAAGACUAAGCUGUAGCAGAGUGAUGAAAAGAGGAAAGUGUGAAGUGAAAAGAAAACUGCUCAUGAUCCAAAUCAAAGCAGCUCUUCUGUGAAACAUGGAGACAUGGACAUUUAUGGAAGACAGUAGAACUUGUCUUUAUUUUUCCCUGAUACAGAUAGAAAUGUGAUUAAAAUAUGGUGAUGCUCAGGAUUUUCACUUCAUAUGGAGUGUUUUAUUCAACAGCUGAUCACAGAUCUGUGUUACUGCACUGAGAAAAAACACCUCAUGAUGUAUUUCGUUAUUUAUAUAUAAACUCUUUAUAAUGAUUCACUAUCUGUUAUAUUUUACUUUAUAAAAUGUAUAAAAUUGUAUCUGAACAUCUUUGAAAGCACAGAGUGAAGAUUGUUUAUCAGCUGUUCUGACUGUAAAUCAUAAGUUUUUCUCAUUGUAUUUUAUCUAACAUUACAUUUCUCUCUGUUGUUUUUCAUGAUCCCUCUCCCAGGGGUAAGUAAAUAACUCGACUUCACACUAAUGGUAAAGGCUGAUAUUUUAUAAACUUAUCACAUAUAUUACAUUUUAAUCCAGGAAUCAAACAGAACCAUAAAAAGCAUUUUCAGAUCAUGUUUACAUGAAGGAGUCUGAUCAGUAAGUGAGAUUCCACUUCCAUCAGUCAGCUUCUUUCCCACAAUGCACCUGUGUGUAACCUCACUGCAGUGCAAUAAUGUAGACAGAGACGUUUACCAUGUCGAGUAACAGACACAACAAACACACAGUAUAUAACACACACCACUGACAGACUCCAUCACAAUCUUACACAAUAAACAUAAAUCACAGCUUUAACAGUUUUCAGUGCUUGUAGACAGAAUAAUUGUCAUCAGUCUCUCUGUGUAACAAUCACACCAUAUUCUGAAAAAGCAUUGAAGAGUCGACUCGGCCUAGCGUUUAGUCUCUUUAAGCUAACAGUAGUAAGGCGUGUUAAUGCACACAGAAUAAAGACAACCUGACUGAACUGAGAACAGAAGUCCUUCACUUCAUUUACAAUGGAUAUAAAAAGUCUACAUGUCCCUGAUAAAAUGGCAGGUUUUUGUUGUGUAAAAGAAUUAAAUCAGGAUAAAUCAUGUGUCACGUCUAGGACCCCGCCCUGUGCGGGGUUCGAACCCGGACUGCCGUGGUGUUGCGUGCAAGUGCCUGCACGCUGUGGAGAUAGAGACCCAUACGCAGGAUUCAGAGAAGCGCUGCUUUUAUUACAUAAAGACGAGACAGAGGGCAACUACUGUAACUUAACACUAGACAUGGCAUGGUGUAAAACUAAACAAAAGACAAAACCUGAACAUAACUAACCUAAACCUGCCAUAACACCACAGCACAGUUAACAAUCACAGACAAAGACAUGAACACAAGGAACCCUAUUUAUAGGGAGAGACAUUAGGGCUGAUGGGAUACAGGUGACGCACCAGGAAUGAGAACAAUGGGAAGGGUGUAACACAAAAGACACACAAAGAAGCAGGCUUCCAAGGUUCACCUGCCAGCGCCCUCUCUGGGCCUGGCAGGGAACUGUCCAGCUGUUCCUGACUUCAUGUCAGAACAUUUUCUACCUUUUAUUGGGAAAUUGUGAUUCAUAUAUUAUAGUGAUAAACAAUAAGAUUUGUUUUUGUGGAGAAAAAAUAAAAAUAUACAAUUACCUGGUUGUAUUUUUGCACACACCCCUAAACUAAUACUUAAAGCUAGAGCUGGGUGAUAUGUCCUAUAAAUUGAAUCUCCGAUUUUUUAAAACAAAAUUCGAUUUUCGAUUUCAAAAUGAUUAUUUUUCUUAAAGAAAAAUUAAUAAAACACUAGAGACUAUAUGAUAGAUUUUUUUUAUUUGAGCAAAAACAAUACCACAUAUGAACUGCAAACUUACUUUCACUAACAAGUUUUUUUUUGUUAUUUUAGAAAAUCAAUAAUCAAUACAACAACAUAAAAACCUUUUUUUGGGAUUAAUAAAGUGCAAACUUUCACCAGUCUUUACAAGUUCUAAUUAUUCUAGCAAAAUAAAGUAAUAUAACAAAAUAUGAGGGAUUUGUCAAGUGCAAACUGCAGAUUUAACUUAAAUCACUUUUUAUAAAAUAAAUAGUUGUCACCUGAAAAAAAAUCCCCGAAGAAAAAGAGUUUUGUAAAGCAGUUCAACACGCAACUAACACGCUAAAUAAAAUCAAACAGGAGCCAGACAGCAUUUUACAACUGUGUAUAUGGGCACAAUCAGGUAGAGUGGGCGAAUCCCCAGGGAGAGGCACAGGAUCAUCAGUUUUGUGAGAGGCCUCGCCUCAUCUGCAGUUUCAUUCUAGUUGCCAUAACAUUAUUCAGCUGUGUUCCCACAUUAUUUAGAAAACCGAAUAGACAAUUUAACAUACAUCAAUGAUAAACGGUGAAAUAAUUAAAAGAGAUUAACAAGAGAUUGAAUGUGAUUGGUUGAUUCUGAACACUGCCACAUUGUCAAUUAUGAAAGGGUGUGCAAACUUAUGCCACCUAUUUUAUUGUACAUUUUUAUUUUUAUUUUUCCCCCUAAAAUAAUUGUUAUUGUUCCUACUUUUAUAUGUAGUUUGCAGUUUUUCAAUAAAUGUGGAAAAGGAUCGGACAUGAUUUAUCUUGGGUUCAGUUUUUUUACUCAACAAAAACCUGCCAUUUUAUCAGGGGUGUGUAGACUUUUUAUCCAGAUAUAAAAGAUUACAUGCUGUCAUAACCAAUAUAUAGAUGAAGCAGCAGCAAAACACAUCAUUCUGUAAUCUGUUCAGUUUUUACAUUGAUAAAUGUCUAUUUUUAAUUAAAGGAAGUGGGAAUCUGAUAUUCUGUAUAUUCCUUUAUAGAUCAUAGAUCUAUAGAGCAUAGAUCAGAAAAUAGUAUUUUCCAAUAAAUCACAAGAUAUUUCUCUUCCUUAAGGGUAACUAGCGGUAUAUUAGCACAAUGCUACAUGAUACAGAUUUACUGUGUGUGAUGACUGAUUGUUGUCUAGUUUUCCUCUUUUUUAUUAAGACACACAUCAGCUGUGUUUUAACCAGAGUAACAGUUACUUUCACAUUUUCACAUGGAACAAUUCACAUUUGUAAUCAUGCAUAAAAUCUUCACACUGUUUUAUUUACUUUCACAGGAGGAACUGAGACGUGAGUAUAAAUCCCUUUUCUCUGCUAGUGAUGUCUUGAUGCUGCAUGAAUAAUAUAUUUAUUGUACAGAUGAAAUAGAUUAGACUGUGCUGUGUGUUCAGAGUGCAAUAGCACAUAGAUAUAUGAGCAUCAUGAGCAUAGUGUAGUGAACACAACAGACUGUGAUCUCUGGCAGAACAUUCAUCAUGCUGUUGUCUAGUUUAUCAUUUAGUGUUGUACAGACACAGAAAUCUGACCUACACACUGAUACUGAGAGCUAAAAAGCUGAAUGUUUUUGUUUGAAUGUGAUUUCAUAGCAAUAACUCUCUCUGAAAGUAACUGAGACUGGCUAACAUUACUGUAGUGUGUAGAACUACAGAGAGAGAUGUGAGUUAGAGAGUCACACUGGAUAAUGCUGCAUGAAAGAGAUUAUAACAGAAUGGAAGCAAGUGAUCUGGUCAAUUUGUUUCUUACUGCAUUCAUACUGAAAGAUCUUGAAGAGAUUUUUCAAUCAGCAGAAAGAAUAGAGAAACAAUACAGUACAGGAUAAAAACAGACUUUUAGGAACAGUUACAGAAUGUUUAUAGCUAAUACUAUAGGAUAAAAUACAGAAAUACUGAAAAUUACAAUUCAUUUUUAAUAAUUUCUAAUCUUACUUUGCUUUUUUUCCACAUCCUCCUCUAUAUAAAGUCAUCUGGGUUUAUCAGAGAGACAGAGAAUGGACAGAAGAUGAGAGAAAGAAAAUGGAGGAAUCUGUUCUACUGACUGAACUGGAGGGGACUAGAAGACAAUUAGAGAAUAAAGAAACACAUCUGAAGAACACAGAUAAAGAGCUGGAAACCAGUAAAAAUCAACUGGAGACACUGGGACAGGAACUUCAGGACAAGCAGAGACAACUACAGGAGAUGAUGAUUGUAGUGGAGCAACAGAAAACUGAUUUAGCAGAAAAAACAAAAACACUGCAGAUGAAAGAUGAGACACUGGAAGAGAAGGAGACACUGCUCAAACAGACAAGAGCUGAACUGGACAAAACAAUGAAGGAUUUAGAAGACAGUCAGAGACACAUGGAGGAGAAAAACACACAACUAGAGAAUCUGAACAAACUGCUGACAGAAAAUACACAAACACUUCAGAAGAAGGACAAGAAACUGGAGGAGAAGGAGAAACAGGUCAGAAAGAUAGAAGAAGAAUUGAAAAAAACAAAGGUGAUGUUAGAAAAGAAUCAGACACAAAUGAAGGACAAAGAGAGACAACUGGAGACACUGGGACAGGAGCUGCAGGACAAGCAGAGACAACUACAGGAGAUGAUGAUCGUAGUGGAGCAACAGAAAACUAAGUUAACAGAAAAAAACAAAGAGCUUGAAGAGAAAGAGAGUCUUCUAACUGAGAGAGAGACACAGCUAAUGGAAAGAGACAAACAGCUUCAGGAGAAAGACAGACUUCUGGAGGAGAAAACAAAGCAGCUGCAGGAACAAACAGAUCCAGAAUCAUCAGCCCCCAUCAGGAGAAGAAACAGCAAGGAAGGGUUACCUCCAGAAAUGAGUGGAGAGACUCAGGACUCAGCACCAAUCAGGAGAAGAAACAGUAUGGAGGGAAAACGUCCAACAUUGGGUGGAGAAUCGUCUAGUCCUCAUUCUCCAGUGUCGGUUCCUGUAGCAGAACUGAGGCUGGUGCUGCUGGGGAGGACGGGAUCUGGAAAGAGUGCAACAGGAAACACCAUCCUGGGCAGAGAGGAGAAGAACCAGGCUGCUACAUCUACAGCUACAUCUACAGUCACCCAGCAGAGUGAGAGCACACAGGGGGAGGUGACUGGGAGGAAGGUGACUGUGGUGGACACUCCUGACUGGUUCUGUCCUGAACUCUCUCUGGAGAAGCUGAGACAGGACGUGGGACUCUGUGUCCAUCUGUCUGCUCCAGGACCCCACGCCUUCCUCCUGGUCAUACCUGUAAUGCAGCCUACAGGAGAGGAGAGAGGGGUGCUGGAGAAAAUGGAGGAGAUCUUUGGAGAGAGAUGUUGGAGAAACACCAUGAUCAUAUUCAGUGUUACUGAUGAACUUCAGAAGAAGAACAUUGAGGAGUUUAUCCAAUCAGGAGUCCAGGAGGUCCAGAGACUUGUAGAGAAAUGUGGGAACAGGUUUCACUGUCUCAACAUUAAGGAGAGUGGAGAUGGUUCUCAGGUCUCAGAACUGCUGGAGAAGAUAGACAAGAUGGUGGAAGGAAGUAGAGAGAAAUUCUACAGCAGUGACAUCUACCUGGAAACAGAAUCUCAGAUUAGAGCCAUGGAGACAAAGAUCCUGAAGGAAAGAGAAGAGAAAAGGAAGAGAGAGGAGAUGGACAUGAAAGAAACAAUAAAAAAGGAGAUGCAGGACUCUCUGAGAAAGAUAGAGGGAGUGAUCCAGGAGCAUGAAGGAGACAUCAGACAACUUGAUGACCGAACAACUGAACUGGAGAGAAAGAUGAAAGAAGAGAGGGAUGAAGAGAAAAAGAAAGAAUUUGAGAAGGAGCUGAAACAAGAGGUAGAGCGAAGGACAGAAAUGGAAGAAAAGGUGAAGAAACUAAAAGAAAAGAGAGAGAGGGAGAGGAGAGAGAUGGAGGAGAGACACAAACAGGAGAUGCAGGAGAUCAGGGAGGUGUAUGAAGGAGAGGCCAUGAUGGAGGCAGAGAGAAAGCUCAUGAAACUCAUCCUGCCUGAACUCCAGAGAAAUAUUUUGUCCUCAAAAACAAAGAUGCAGGAAGAUUUCAGCAGACAGAUGGAGGAGAAGAACAGAGAGCUGGAGAUUCUUAAACAGAAACUUUCAGAUCUCACAGAUAUUCACAGUGUGCUUGAAGAGGUUUAUGAGAAAACGGUCAGAAAAAGCUCAGAACAAGAGAGAGCUGCUCUAAAAGGAGAGGCAUCAAAGGGAAUCUCUCAGAAAUUUAAAGAUUUGUUUCAGUGAGUAACAGAGUUUAUAAAGCUGCAGAGACUCACCUGGUCAGAAAUGAGGCAUAUGAGUGAUGAUGGACAUCACAGAGGAAGAGAUAGAACCCUAAGGAUGAAGAAAGAAGAUAAGAAACAGGGUUAAACAGUUUUUUUUCUAUGGAAACCCUGCAGGGGAAACGACCUAACAGCCAAUAAUUCUUAAAACAACAGGAUUUUAAAAAUCAAGAUGGAUUGUCCAGUUGGCUACAAGAGUCCAGCACACUCACAAAUUAGUUGCAGAUUUAGUCAAUUCUGAUUAACAGUAAGAUUGUUACAGCUACUUUCUUGUCAUGCAGGACAACCUAACAAAUAUAAUGAGUGGGGAUAAUUUAGAACAUUACACACACUGAAGAAUCACAUCAUGACCCAAAGUGUUUUAUUCUUCUUAUACAACAAUUUGAUACAAUUACAUUUUUAUUAAUUAAACAAGAACACAGUAAACUAUUUAUCUCUUUACAGCUACAUUUAAUGUUGAUGUUCAUCCUCAAAACUGCUAGUUACUGUUCUCACUUACAUUAUAACAGCUUGGAGCAGUCAUCACCCUUUCUUUUCUCUCUCUUGAAAGGAAAAGAAACAAAAUUGUGUUAUAAAACCUGCUGAUUGUUUCUGUGAAUGCUGACGGUUUGAUGACAUGACACACACUUUUCUGUCCAGCAAAUUCUUUUUGUAUUGGUGACGUUUCAUUAGCAUCAUAAAAAUAUAAUGUGGUGCGAUCAUCUGAACAUCGUCAGAACUACAUUAUAAAGACUCCUUUGAUCUUUCUAUAUUGCUGUAUUUGACAUCAUUUUACAAAGUAUUUCACAUUAUUGAUUAAAACUGCAGAUCCUUUGGAUUAAUAGUACUUUCAUAAUAUACUAGAAAAGAAUUGUCCAGAUUUGUUCAUUUCGCAAAAUAUCACCUUGUGCUACUGUCUGUAACAGAACAUUUUGAGACUUUUAUAUUGAAAAAAUAUUAAUCAGAAAAAUAUCAUCGUAGAGCAACAUCUCUGUGAAUCUUGGAAAUAUCUGGAAGGUUUGUCAGACUUUAUCAACUUUGGAAAACUUGAACCUCUUUACAUUUUGCCAUGUUGUUGUUCAUGUUUUAUAUCUCAAUGAGAUGGAUAUUUUAUUUAAAAAAUUAUUUGUAAAAAUUUGUAUCAAUGUGUAUAUAUUUGUACAUUUGUGUAAAUACUGUAUGAAUAAAUUUAUAUAUGUAUGUAUGU